AUGGACAAUGACAAGGCUAACAGCAAGAAAGAUGAAGCCAGCAACAAUGAAGAAGACAAGCAAAAACCGGAGAAGCUCAAAGAAAAAGAGGAGCAGCCACAAGCUUCAAGGAAAGGGAAGCAAGUAAUGGAGGAAUCACCACAAGAACAGAGGAAGGAAGUGAAGACUUACACACCUCCUCUACCAUAUCCUCAAAGACUACAAAAAGAACUCAAGGAUCAACAAUUCCCUAAGUUCCUUGAGGUCUUUAAGAAGCUGGAGAAUAAUAUUCCCCUUGCUGAAGUGUUGGAGCAGAUGCCUCUAUAUGCCAAAUUCUUAAAAGAGCUUAUCAACAAAAAAAGAAGCUGGCAUGAGAAGGAAACCGUCAUGCUCACUGAAGAAUGUAGUGUUGUAAUUCAAAGGGGUAUUCCACCAAAGCUUAAAGAUCCAGGGAGUUUUGUAGUUUCAUGCACCAUAGGCAAGAUGACAUUAGAAAAAGCUCUCUGCGAUCUAGGUGCUAGUAUCAACUUGAUGCCGCUCUCAAUGAUGAGAAAGCUUGCCAUAGAAGAAAUCAAACUACCAGGAUGUCACUUGUAA